UUUUAAGGUGAUACAGGUAAUUGAAUUGGGUAGACAAUGACGAGAUCAGGAAAGGACUUCUACAUCCGUUACUAUGUUGGCCACAAGGGAAGAUUUGGCCAUGAAUUUUUGGAGUUUGAAUUUCGUCCUGAUGGAAAGCUGAGAUAUGCCAACAACUCAAAUUAUAAAAAUGACACAAUGAUUCGCAAAGAGGCAUAUGUCCAUCCAUGUGUGCUGGAUGAGCUGAAACGAGUCAUUGAGGACAGUGAGAUCAUGGAUGAAGAUGAUCAAGUCUGGCCUGCUCCUGAUCGUAUUGGGCGACAAGAGUUAGAGAUUGUCAUGGGGGAUGAGCAUAUUUCCUUCACCACCUCCAAGAUUGGUUCUCUAGUAGAUGUCAACAAUUCCAAGGAUCCAGAAGGACUCAGAUGCUUCUACUACUUGGUCCAAGAUCUCAAGUGUCUGGUAUUCUCUCUCAUCGGUCUGCACUUCAAAAUCAAGCCCAUUUAAUAUCCUGAAGUUCCCCCUGGCAGUGUGUGACUUUGACUUGUGCUUUGCAUUGGAAGCGAGUUUGUCGGACCAUUGAGAUUCAUGAGAGUCUCAUUUUGAUGCCAAGAGAUGAGUCACCACUGAUAACCUAAUUCUUUCUAGAAUAAAGGUGGUCAUUCCCUUCUGCA